AUGGCGACAUCAAAAGGAGCCAAGAGCUCGUCGUCGACGCCGUCCAAAGGCAACCUCCGUCAACGACCCACAGCGGCUCUGCUCAAUGGCACCCCUAGCUCAGAAGCCGUGGAGAGGUCCGACCUGCUCGAAACGUCGAACGACUCGGAUGCGAGCGGCGUCGUGGCUGCAACAGGCAAGGAUGCAGUGCUCAAUCCUACAACCACGUCCGUCGACGGCAAAAGCGGAGUCUCCGUCACCGCGGAGCAGACCAAGUCGGAAGCGUCCGGAUUCAUGGAUCUCUCGCCGCAAGAUCAAAAGGCCAUGAUCCUGCUCGUGGUGCUCUACCUCUUGCAAGGCGUACCAGUAGGACUCGCAUUCGGCACCAUGCCCUUCCUGCUCAAGUCCAAGCUCAGCUACGGCGACAUCGGCUUCUUCAUGCUCUGCACCUACCCCUACUCGCUCAAGCUCUUCUGGAGCCCCAUCGUCGACUCCACCUUUGUCAACGAGCUGCAACUCCCGCUCUUCGGCACGAUCUCGCUCGGGCGGCGCAAAAGCUGGAUUGUACCCAUCCAGGCUGUGGUCGGCGUCAUGUUCUGGUACCUCUCCAGCAACGUCGACCAACUUCUCCUCGCCGACCUGCCUAACGUCAAGCUCAUCACUCUCAUCUUCUUCGUGCUCAUCCUGUUUGCUGCGACCCAAGAUAUUGCUGUCGACGGCUGGGCGCUGACGUUGCUUUCGCAGGAGAAUCUGUCGUAUGCUAGCACGGCGCAGACGGUGGGUCUCAACUCGGGCUACUUUCUCAGCUUCACCGUGUUUCUCGCCUUCAACUCGGUCGAGUUCAGCAACAAGUACUUCCGAUCGACACCGCUCGAGUAUCCGCUGCUGUCGCUCUCGGCGUACAUGCGGUUCUGGGCGGUGGGCUUCUUGUUGGUGACCGCGUGGCUCGUGGUGUUCAAGAAGGAGGACGAGGAGUCGGACGAGGCGCCGGACAUGGACGUCAAGCAGGUCUACUCGAUCAUGUGGCGCAUCUGCCGCCUCAAGCACGUGCAGACCUUCAUCCUGAUCCACUUUGUCGCCAAGAUCGGUUUCCAGGCCAACGAAGCAGUGACAGGUCUCAAGCUGGUCGAGAAGGGCUUUGGCAAGGAGGACCUUGCGUUGGCCGUUCUGAUCGACUUCCCCUUCCAGCUCAUCUUCGGCUAUCUGGCUGCGCGGUGGAGCAAAGGAGAGCGGGCGUUGCAGCCGUGGGUGGUCGCCUUCUUCUUCCGUCUCGGCUUUGCCGUGUUGUCGAUGGCCAUCGUGCACGGCAUGCCCAAAGCACCCAUCGGAACGGGCUACUUCUUCGUCGUCAUCGCCAGCACUGUCGCGGGUAGCUUUGCGUCCACCGUCCAGUUUGUCGGCAUCUCCGCAUUCCACACUCAGAUCGCAGACCCCCUCAUCGGCGGAACCUACAUGACGCUGCUCAACACCGUCUCCAACCUGGGUGGCACGUGGCCGCGCUACUUUGUGCUGAAAGCCGUCGACCUUUUCACCAUCUCGAGCUGCCAGCCGCCGUCGAGUGGGUCGCUGCUCAGAGAUCCCGAGAUCGCCAAGCUCUGGGCGACCGCGUCCAAGGGCAUUGGAGGCGAUGAAUGCACCUCGGAUCUGGGCAAGGCGGCGUGUUCCGCAGCGGGCGGCGUGUGCGUCAUCGAGCGCGACGGGUACUAUUGGACAUCGACGCUGUGCGUUGUGGUGGGGACGGUGUUGUUGGUGACGUACAUUCUUCCGGCUUGUAGGAAGCUGCAGGCGCUGCCGCCGAGCGCGUGGCGUGUCAACUUGCAGAAGACGUCUCAGUAG